UUGUCAAAAAAAAAACAAAUUUGUCAAAAAAAAAAACAAAUUUGUCAAAAAAAAACAAAUUUGUCAAAAAAAAACAAAUUUGUCAAAAAAAACAAAUUUGUCAAAAAAUUGGAAAAAAAUUAAAAUUAUCAAAAUUAAAAGCAAAGGAGAAAAAAAUGCAGCUAAAAAGUUACAACAACUUAAAAAUCCAAGAUCUUCCAUCAGAAGUCAUCAUCAAUUGCCUCUCCUUCCUAAAAGUUGAAGAUUUACAAAACUGCAGACUUGUGUCACAUCAAUUCAACAACUUCAUCGUCAACUCACCUCAAAUAAUGCAGAAUUUCAAGUUUAACCUUCAAUUUGGCAUUAUAUCAACUAUGGCAUGGAUCGUAAAUGGACUGUCUGGGAAAGACAAUGUGAUUAAAUAUUAUGAAGAUUUGCAUGAUUUGUGGCGAUUCGUGAGAGAUAAUGGAAAGUCGAUUCGCUGUGUUGAGGUUAUUUUGACCAAAAAUGACAAAUUUAAAUGGUUUUUCUUGAAGCAUUUGCCAAAUUUAGAAUGUUUGAUCUUUAAUGGAGUGCCAAUGGAGGUUCCAGGAGCAAUCACAAGCUUCUUCACAACCUCAAAUGAUUUAUCAAAAUUAACAACCUUAAAGAUCAACUUGUCGCUGCUGAAUAGCUUCAUGUCAAGCACCAAAAAUGUCAAUAAACUUGAAAAGUUGACAGUCUACAUAACUUCAACUGACGAUCAAGAACUUUUGACUAAUUUCAUCAAGCAACAGAAGAACUUGAAGGUUUUGUCAAUCAAAUGUGAUCGAAACUUGACAUCAAUCAACUUCCCAUCAUCAGACAUAACCUCAAAAGUCAAGUUUCAACUGAAACAAUUCAAACUUUAUCAACAAGACAUCCGCAACCAAAGUGAGCACUUCCUAAAGUUUAUCGAGUCUCAAGCUGGACAUUUAGAAAGUUUAAGCUUCGAUUUUAAUCCUGACGAGCAGCUCUACAAAGUAAUAAUGACAAAAUGCAGGAAUUUAAAGAAUCUUGAGUUUCAAUCUGACGAUGAGGAACUCUUCAUCAACUUAAAUCCAAAUUGGACACUGCCGUCCUUAAGAGCCAUAGCUUGUGCAGCUGUAAAUAGUCGUAGAUUGGACUCAAUAACUGCAAGAUUCCCAAAUGUUAACAAAUUAAUUUGCAGAACUAUUGAAAAUAUUGACAAAGGAACUUACGACAAAAUUACAGACAUAAAGGCUGUCUAUAUGGAUGGAACUCAAAUUGACGUCCUUGCAUAUCCAAAUUUGAAAAGUCUCUGCCUUGAAACUUUCACUGGAUCUGUAGAAAAUUGGAUGAAACUUACUGAAAAUCUUGAAAAUUUGUCAAUUUUAAUAGUGAAAUUUCGUAACGAAACUGACUUCGACCUGAAGCAUUUGGAUCAUAUGAGGAAGUUAAAAAGUGUAAACUUUAAGGGUCAACAACUUGACUGUGCUAAUUUAAGAAAAAGUUAUUGUUAUGGGGAACCGAUUAUUAAAAUUAGGAAACUUUUGUAAAAUAAAAAUGACUUUUUUUUUGC